AUGACUGCUUCACGGGUAUUUUUGGACAAUGAUAUCCAAGAGACCCGGCAAUAUCUGAGUUGGUUGAACUCGAACUUUGAUGUUGCCAACAGAGUGAAUGCAACAGUUGUGACCAAGCCUGAGACCGUGACUUUGGGUGACCUCUUCUCCUAUAUGCAGAAUCCAUCCGCAAAGGUUGCUUGGUUUGAGUUCACAGCAACUAUUGAUGAUGUUGUGCACAGUGCUAGCUGGUAUUACAUAGUCUGUGGUGUGUGUCAUACUAAGGCAAUCAAAGGGCCGACUACGCUUAUGUGUAAGAAGUGUGGCAAGAAUGAAAUUCUUGGUGUGGCACAGUACCACACAAAGAUCUCUGUGUAUGACCACAAAGACCAAGCUGUAUUUGUUGUACUUGGUGAUGCUGCUGAGUUGGUUGAGAGCUAUUACGAGGCGAAUGAAAUUGAAGAGGAGGAUCACAUUGUUCCAGUGCCUCAAGAUCUAAAGGGCACCAUUGGACAGACAUGCAAGUUUGUUAUCAAGGUUUCUGCUUAUAAUCUGACUGGCAAGUCGCAGAGUUUAACUGUGACAAAGGUGCUCCGUGUUGAAGCACCAGCACCCGAAAUGAACAUUGGAGACCAAGAUGAAGAGGAACCUGAAAAUGAAAGAGAGGAUCAGGGAAACGAGUCGGUGAAAAGGGGUGCUGAAGGGAUUGAGCUUGAAGGAGCCAAGCGUCCAAAGUGUGGCUAA